UUGUCAUUCCUCAGUGCCCCACUUAUUGGUGCUCUUUCUGAUGUUUGGGGCCGAAAAUCGUUCUUGCUGCUAACAGUGUUUUUCACAUGUGCCCCAAUUCCAUUAAUGAAGAUCAGCCCGUGGUUUCAGCAACAUUUGCUGCGAGUUUAGUAACCAGUCCUGCAAUUGGAGCUUACCUUGGCCGAGUGUAUGGAGACAGCUUAGUGGUGGUCCUAGCUACAGCAAUAGCUUUGCUAGAUAUUUGCUUCAUCCUCGUUGCUGUGCCAGAGUCGUUGCCUGAGAAGAUGCGUCCUGCAUCCUGGGGAGCACCCAUCUCCUGGGAACAGGCUGACCCCUUUGCAUCUUUAAAAAAAGUGGGCCAAGACUCCAUAGUGCUGCUAAUCUGCAUCACGGUAUUUCUCUCCUACCUACCAGAGGCAGGCCAAUAUUCCAGCUUUUUUUUAUACCUCAGACAGAUAAUGAAGUUUUCACCAGAAAGUGUUGCAGCAUUUAUCGCAGUUCUUGGCAUUCUCUCCAUUAUUGCACAGACUAUAGUCUUGAGUUUACUUAUGAGGUCGAUCGGAAAUAAGAACACCAUUUUAUUGGGUCUGGGAUUUCAAAUACUACAGCUGGCAUGGUAUGGCUUUGGUUCAGAACCUUGGAUGAUGUGGGCUGCUGGGGCAGUGGCAGCCAUGUCUAGCAUUACCUUCCCAGCGGUCAGUGCGCUUGUUUCACGAACUGCUGAUGCCGAUCAACAAGGUGUUGUUCAAGGAAUGAUAACAGGAAUUCGAGGGUUGUGCAAUGGUCUGGGACCUGCCCUUUAUGGAUUCAUCUUCUACAUAUUCCAUGUGGAACUUAAAGAACUGCCAAUAACAGGAACCGACUUGGGAACAAACACAAGCCCCCAGCAUCACUUUGAACAGAAUUCCAUCAUCCCUGGGCCCCCAUUCCUCUUUGGAGCCUGUUCGGUACUGCUGGCUCUGCUCGUUGCCUUGUUUAUUCCGGAACAUACCAACUUGAGCUUAAGGUCCAGCAGUUGGAAAAAGCACUGUGGUGGUCACAGCCAUCCUCACAGUACACAAGCCCCAGGAGAGGCCAAAGAACCUUUACUCCAAGACACAAAUGUGUGACGACAGAAAUCAGGAAGCUUUUUCUAUCCGCACCCAGGUCUUAGUUUUCACCUGUAGUUCUGGAUGUACAUUCCAUUUCCAUCUGCAAUGUACUUGGAUUGUCUUAAGACAUGUAUCUGCAUGAACUUCGUGGGAACUAAGAAAGAACGGACAGUUUUCCAAAGAUGUUACAAUUUCUUUUAAAAAGAAACCUUGUUUAUUAGCACCAAUUUCUUGCCACUAAACUUUGUUUUAUUAUACAUCCUUUAAUUAAAAACUAUAUAUGUAACUUCUUAGCUAUUAGCAUAUGUCUCUGCUACCAUUUCCUUAAGGUGUUGAGCUUUAACUCUAUGCUGAGUCUCAGUGAGACACGGUCGGUAGUAUGGUUGUGGACCUAUUCGUUUUAACAUUGUAAAUCGAGUCAGAUUUUAAUAUUGUAAAAUCUUGGAUCAAAUAAUUCAAAGCCUUAAUGCAGAUGCACUAAAGGAAAGAAAUGGUAAUGAAUUGUUUGCAUUAAAAAACUUUUAAGAAAUUGUACUAAAUCUGAAUCAUGUUUCGAGCUUGUGUGCAGUCAUUUCAUUUUAAAAAUUCACUACAGCUUUUGAAGUGAGGGAAAAAUAUCAGACGUUUAGAAUUUAAAUUGGUUUGUUCGGAGCCCAGAAAUCUUAACUGCUGGCUCCAACAGCUCCUCCUCCUACCACUAUUCUGUUCAUGUUUGCAUAAUCACAAGACCUCAACACUUGAAUACAUAAUCUACAAAGUACAUAGUAAAGCUGGUAGCCUUGAAAAUGUCAAUGUGAUAUCUAUAUGUAGAUAAAUAUAUAUAGUGGCCUUUCAGGACUGUCACAGUAACACUUUAUUUACAGAGCUAAUGUUUGUCCUAAAUUUUCAGGACCCUAGAAGAGAGCUUUAUACAAUUACUGAUGUGAAUUUCUCUAAAGUGUAUAUUUUUGUGUCCAGUUAUAUUAUUUAAAAAAGUGUUACUUUGUAAAAAAUGUACAUAAAGUAUUGUAUAGUUUACAAUGUUUUCAUCUUGUGUGUGGUUAUUGCUUAAUGCUUUUUAAACUUGGGACAUUCAUUAUGGUUAAAUAAAAGUCUUAAAAUACUGUAAAUAUUCUGUUAAUAAAAAUUAAAUAUUUUAAUGA